AUGCCUGCCCCCCUAACCCCCCAUGUCCCGCUUAUCGCCUCUAUUGAUGUCGGUACUUCGUCCUCGCGUGUAAUCAUGUUCAACAAACAAGGCCAAGAAGUCGCCAAACACCAAGUGGAAUAUUCGACCCCUCAUCGUACUCAUCCACCCGAUAAGGCCGCACAUUAUACGGCAGAAGGGUUGACCGUGCGAGAAUCCAGUCUUGUGGAGUUCGAAAAAGACCCCGGUUGUGACAGCAGCAACAGCUAUAGUGCCUCCGGGGCGCCUCCGCGCUCGUCUCCGCGCUCGUCUCCUGAUUCCUUGGUGGACUCCGGGGACUCGCCCACGCUAUCUUUCCCUCAACCAGGCUGGAUCCAAUGUAACCCAAUCAAUAUUCUAUCCAACGUGUUGAAAUGUUUGGCUGCUACCACAAACACUCUUCACGAACUAAACAGCCACCGUGCCAAGCACGACUUGGCCCCCUAUCAGGUCAAAUGUAUGGGGAUAGCCAAUAUGCGUGAGACAAUUGUGGUGUGGUCCCAUUCCACGGGGAAAUUGUUGGCCGAUUAUGCCAUUUGCUGGAACGACACCCGUAAUUUGCCCCUGCUCAAUAAGCAUUUUGCCGUGCCUGAAAAUAAAGCUCGUUUGGAGGAGUUGAAACGCAUUACAGGGUUGCCCUUGGACUCUACGUAUUUUUCGUGUUCCAAGAUUCGUUGGUUGAUCGACAACGAGCCACGUGUGAGAGAGGCGUAUGAGAAACGUGACUUGGUGUUUGGUACUGUAGACACGUGGCUGUUGCACCAUUUGACAGACACGCGUGUUCUUGCCUCGGACGUGACCAAUGCGUCUCGUACUGGGUUUAUGAACAUCCACACGUUGGAUUACGACAAGCAGUUGUUUGAAUUCUGGGGGCUUGAUAUGGCCUGUUUUGUGUUGCCAGAUAUCCGCCCAUCGGCAUACAAGUUUGGGAAUUUGUCUACUUCUUCACCCCUGGUGCCAGCCUCGUUGCCAUUUAUCCAAGAUUUACGCGACUUCCUAACGGGGCAUCCUUCAAUCCCAUUACAGGGCUGUCUUGGCGAUCAAUCUGCCUCUCUUGUAGGCCAGCUGUCUCACAAACGUCGUAAUGCUAAAGUUACUUACGGUACCGGUGCGUUCCUGUUACUGAACACAGGCCAAUCCCCAUUGUUCUCACAGAAUGGGGCCCUUACUACAUUGGCCUAUCAUUUCCCCAAUUUGUCUUCCACUCCUACCUAUGCACUAGAAGGGUCCAUUGCUGUGGCUGGUUCAGCCGUCCAAUGGCUUCGUGAUAACCUGCGUCUAUUCCCCAAUGCCCAAGAUAUCGGACCUAUGGCCAGUUCGGUCCCAGAUACCGGAGGUGUGGUUUUCAUUCCUUCGUUCAACGGGCUAUGGUCUCCCUACUGGGACCCUCACGCCCGUGCCUCCAUGUUUGGGGUCACCCUGUACACCACAGCAAACCAUAUUGCCCGUGCCGCCGUCGAGGGUGUUUGCUACCAGGUUCGAGCCAUUUUGAAAGCCAUGAGUAAAGACAUGCUGGAAGAGGAGGAUAAAACCGGAGUUACGGAAGUCGCCACUCCGCCUACGUCAUCGGAUUCCCAGCUGUUGGAUGAUGACAAUGGGAUAGAUCUGUACGAAUCUGGCACUACAAGUACUCUUUCGGCAGACGGAGGGAUGUCUCGUUCCGAUGAGGUCAUGCAGAUCCAAGCAAACAUUCUCGGCCCCUGUGUCAAGAUCAGACGUUCGCGUAUCUCCGAAUGUACCGCUUUGGGUGCUGCCAUAGCCGCCAAUUUCGCGUUCGAGAAUGUCGAGGACCGUGUUUGGAAGGAUUGGCACGACAUUAAGGACUGGGUGUAUUAUAAUGGUAAGAGAAAGGAGUUUAUUGAAAAGAAGAUUGCCAAGUCUAAGGAGAUGUCCCUUUCCACCACCACCAACGCUUCUACAACAGGCUCUAAACUAGACGACGACGGUAAUGUCAACGUUACAUAUUUCUUUUCAAACUCUACAGACGAACAGAGAAGAAAGAAUUGGAAGAGAUGGCAAGUUGCCAUCAAGAGAUCCACAGGUUGGCUACAAGAAGUGGAAGAUUAA